AUGAAUUUCCAACGCAACCACUUUCUCAUAGUUCUUAUUGUAAUUUGUUUAUCCACGGUCUUUGGAUUACCUAUUACCAACUCCAAAAGACAAGUUGAUGUAUCAUUCGGAGGAGAUGGUACAAGUGUAGGAGCAAGUGUAGGAGCAAGUGUAGGAUCAAGUAUUACCGGAGGAGGAAAUGGUCAAGUUGGAGCCGCA